UCAAUACCACUCAAAAUGAUAAAACAACAGCCUCAAAUUUUGCUACAACGCAUUCUCUCUUUCUCUCUCCAAUAUCUUUGAAAAACCAUUGCAUUCAGCAUUCAAAAUCAAUGGCUUUUCUUCUAUGUAAUCUCACUCUUUCUCUCUUACCACCAUCUAAAUCAAGAAUCAGAGACAAACCCUUUCACCAAACCCUUUCAUCUUCAAAACCCAUUUCUCAAUUCCCUUUAUUGUUCACUUCUUCUCCUUCACUUCAAAGUUUCACUUCUCAGGUUGCUCAGGUUAAUACACCAUUAGCUACUCAAGAUAAACAGAAUCAGCAUCAGAAGGAUGAUUUUUAUCUCAAUCUCGGUCUUGCCGUGAGGACCCUUCGUGAGGAUAUGCCCUUGAUCUUUGUUAAAGACCUUAACUAUGACAUUUAUAGGGAUGAUGUAACAUUUCUGGACCCUUUGAACACAUUUACUGGUAUUGAGAAGUACAAAUUGAUCUUCUGGGCAUUAAGGUUUCAUGGUAGAAUUUUGUUUCGUGAGAUUGGUUUGGAUGUAUACAGAAUAUGGCAGCCUUCAGAGAAUGUGAUAUUGAUCAGGUGGAACUUGAGGGGUGUGCCUAGGGUUCCAUGGGAAGCUAAAGGUGAAUUUCAGGGUACUUCGCGGUAUAAAUUGGAUAGAAAUGGGAAAAUAUAUGAACACAAAGUUGAUAAUUUGGCAUUCAAUUUCCCACAGAAGAUGAUGAAGCCGGUUUCGGUUUUGGAUUUGGUUACUGCUUGCCCUGCAAGUCCAAAUCCAACAUUUUUAUGGGGUCCUUUGGAUUCCAACUCUUGCUCAUGGAUAGAGUUUUAUCAAGCAGUUAAGAACACAUUGGAUCAAGAAAGACAAUUGCUUCCACAAGAUGGUUUCGCUACAUGUUCGUAGUGGCCUGUAAGUGAACUGUUUUCGUUUUGGUUGACAAUGUAUAGUAUACAAUUUUAAUAGGUCAGAUGUAAUGAAAUGUUUCUCUCAAUAGACAAGAGUGUAUAUAGAUAGGGAUGGACUGUUCAUUCUAUAUGCUAUACAGAUAGAGAUGAAGAAACUUCAUAUGUUUGGUAUGUUUA